AUGAGAGUGCAGCAGAAUACCCCUAAUCCCGUGGAGGAGGACCCUUGGUUUUCUGAAAUGUUACCAAUCCUGUAUGCCUUAUAUGGGUUUUUUGGUGCCUUACCCCCGAUGGAGAACUUUGAGGUUGGAAUUAAGGAGGAAGAAGUCGAUGGUAAUAAGGAUGCCAAUGAGGUGACCGAGGAGGAAAACCAGUUAGCCAAGGAACAGGAGUUCCUGAAUCUGAAGCAGGGGACACUGACUGUCACCCAGUACGCAGCCAAAUAUGAGGAGCUAUCCCGUUACGCUCUAAACUCCAUACCUACCGAACACAAGAAGGCAAGAAGGUUCGAGUGGGGGCUGACGACAGCUCGGAUGGUAGUGGUAGCUCAAGCGUUUACCACCUAUGCUGCGGUAGUGAAGUGUGCUCUCCGGCUAAAGAAUGAGGAACUGGACUUCAAAACCCGGUGGAGGAAGGCGAAUAAUAGCAUCGGUGGACCGAUCCGAACCCAACCCCCCAACAACAACCGUGGACCCUACCCCCAUAAACCUUCUAACCCGACUCAAAGCAAUCAACCAUGGGAGACUGCUACACCAGGACAUGGCAAACCUCAGAGGGGAGGUCAUGACAUAGCCACAAUUCAGUGCUACAAUUGUCAGGCUAUGGGCCACAUUAGGCGCAACUGUCCGCAGCCUCAAAGGAGGAGGGAUGAGAGCUUUGGAAACUAG